AUGGAGUGCCUUUGGCUGUGGAGGCUUUUAACACUCCUGCAAGUUUGUGAUUUAUGUUUGGUCGCUGCAGCAGGCAAAGAGUGGAAGAAAAUUAGAGAAAACAUAUCCGAUGUUGUUAAAGGGUACACUUCCUGCAACCCUGUCAACUGCAGCUGCCAUCUAAGUGUCCUGCAACAUGACUUGCGUCCCUUUAAAGGAGGAAUCUCUGAGGAGUUCAUGGCCGCAACUGUUCAAAGAGGGGUGGGCACCCACUACCAGAUUAUUGGUCAAAAGUUGUACAGAGAAAACAACUGUAUGUUCCCUGCCAGGUGCAGCGGGGUGGAGCAUUUCAUCCUGGAGGUGAUCGAUAGGUUACCUGACUUGGAGAUGGUGGUUAAUGUCAGAGAUUACCCCCAAGUCCCCAACUGGGUGCAGCCGACACUGCCUGUUUUCUCUUUCAGUAAGACCUCAGACUACCAGGACAUCAUGUACCCGGCGUGGACAUUUUGGGAGGGCGGGCCCGCUGUGUGGCCCAUAUACCCCACUGGGCUGGGGAGAUGGGAUCUGAUGAGGGAUGACCUCAAAAAGUCUGCAGCUCAGUGGCCGUGGAAGAAGAAGGAGUCCAGAGGAUUCUUCAGAGGCUCUCGGACCAGUCCAGAGCGAGACCCUCUGAUCCUUCUGUCCAGAGAGGCUCCAGAGCUGGUGGAUGCAGAAUACACAAAGAACCAGGCCUGGAAGUCUGAGAGGGAUACACUAGGGAGACCCCCAGCCAAAGAAAUCCCACUGGUCGAUCACUGCAAAUACAAGUAUUUAUUUAACUUCCGGGGUGUGGCGGCCAGCUUCCGCUUCAAACAUCUCUUCCUCUGUGGUUCUCUGGUGUUUCAUGUGGGGGAUGAGUGGCAGGAGUUUUUCUACCCUCAGCUCAAGCCCUGGGUGCACUACAUCCCAGUCAAGCAGGAUCUCUCUGACGUCAGGGAACUUCUACAGUUUGUCAAAGAGAACGAUGCUGUCGCGCAGGAGAUCGCCACAAGGGGUAAGGACUUCAUCCUGGACCACCUGCGGAUGCGAGACGUUUCCUGCUACUGGGAGAGACUCCUCACCGAGUUCAGCCAACUUCUCACCUACAAACCCAAAAGAAGGAACGGCUACAACCAGAUUGUCCACAGACCCAGCAAGACGGAGCUAUAAGACGGAGGCUCGGCGGGGACCGGAGCGGUUGUAGUGAAGGGAAACUCUAGAUAAUGAAUGUAACCACUCCGUCACAACUUAUGAUUGUUUGCGUUCCAGUUUUGUUAAAAUAACGCCACAGUUUUUAGCUGAUAUAAAGUCAAAAAGCUUUGACCAGAUACUUUUCACACUUAUUUUUUAAUGAGCUCAGUGUUGUAGUCUAACGAAGAGCACGAUUGGUCGGUUCCUGCAGCCCAUGUGCUCUUAGAGGAGUAACCGUUACAAGGGGCGUAGCUUAGUAUUACACAGUCAGAGGUGUAGCUGUUAGAGUUGACCCUGGUUUCACUGCCAUAUCUUCAGGUGCCACUUCUUAUCUUCAAAUCUUCAUAGAUCAUUUUCUGGUUCAAUGGUUGAUUAACUUCCAAAAAAUAACGAACUAAACUCACCAGCAAAGAAACAUGGGUGGUGACGUAUGUCGCUAAGCUUUUAUUUUACUCACUAAAGGGGCAUUCCACAGGUUUUACACGUUAAAAAAUGCUACUGCAAAGCCUGUGUGUGAACUUGAGUUGGCAAGCUGUGGCAGGAAGUGUUUAAUUAAAACAAUUGCAUGAUGGGAAAUGUAGGAUUUUUUUUUUUUUUUUAGUUUGUGCAAAACAAGGGAGUAAAGGUCAUGAUAUUUGGGCUUCUGCUGCUAGGAUUUCGACCAUUGUUUUUCCUUUUUCCAUCAAGUAAGUCGUUGAAUUGAUGGACUACCCCUUUAACAUGCAGUGUAUAAUCUGGACCGGGCUUCAGUCUUUCAGGAAAGUCAGACUUGCAGAAUUUCACAUUUUUGUUUUGAAUUUGUAUUUGAAAUUAUAAUGAAAAACAAGGACAGGGUAGAAAAGGUUCAGUGCCUUGCUAAAGAAAAAUGACAAGUUCGCUUAAAUUGAAUCCCGCACACUUAGCUGUGGCGCACCUACAAGUCUAAUAUUUAAUUUGAAAUUAUAGCAAAGUGUUUUGCAGGCUGUUAACACACAGGAUGUACCAAUAAUAAUAGUUACAGAUGUCAUGCUGCUGCAUAUUUAAUGUAGUGUAAUAUGUUGGGAGAAUUUCCUGAGUAGUGGCAAAUAUCCACUAUCGUUGUCUGACCUUUUUGUACAUAGAAUAAUACAGACAGUUUUCUCUGAGAAACUUAACGGUUUAAGGUCCAUAUCUGCACAAGUCCUGUUAAUAUAAACAUGAAGAAUAACCUAAAGUGAUACUCACUCAGCUGAUAGUUAAUAUGAAGUAGAUGGAUUAGUGUUCUUGAUGGGAGAAAGUGUCAUGUUGAACAUUUUAGAUGGUGAUCUUUUGUGUUUCAAGUAUUUCAAUGAGCUGUUUUUUUUGUUUGUUUUUGUUUUGUUUUGUUACAUCGCCCUCCACUGGACAGCCGGAGAAACUCCAGCAGACUGUUACCAAGUUUCACUACACCAACGUAUAUCCAUGUACUUGUUGAUGCAAACAAUGCAAUAACAGCUUUUUGAUAAGUUCUGAGGUUCCAUGACUUAAAAGUACAAAAGUAUGACAAACAUUUCAUUUCACACAAAGUGCCAACAGAUAGCAAUAAUGACUUUUAAUUUGUUUCUCUCUGAAUCAUGUUAAUUGUUUUUACCUUUUUUGAAAAUAAUCUCUAUUUGUGUUCAGACAUGACUGAUUGUGUGUAAUUGAUACAGGAUAAUGUUGAAUAUGUUGUAGUAUUCGCGUUGUACUGUGAACAAGCAAGUUCUCUUAAAUGUAAAGUCAUGUCAUUUUAUUUUUUUUUUUUAACAGUCUGUUUUACUGUGGAAAAAAAAAAUGCUCCGUUAAAAUGUUGAUUUGACCAAAAAGCUGUGAUCAUGUGCCUGAUCAUGUGACAUUCAAAUUGUUGUCACAGCUUGUGCAGCGGUUUUGUUCUUAAACUUUGGUUCUUAAAAAAAAACAUUUCACUCAUGA